ACCUUGACGCAUCAGUUCGCGCAUGUACUCUAGAAUAAGAUGCCGCGUUGACAUUGAAAUAGACUCGUUUCGUGAUUAAAAAAAAAUAAUAAACGUCAAUACUUUUGGCGGCAACUUUUGACGUUACUUUUUUCUGUGGCGGAAGAUUUGAAUAUGGAAAGUUUAAAACUUUUAAUAUUGUGCUCGUUUGUGAAAUUUGUUUUACUACAAGGUGUUGGAUCAGGAUCAAAUGGAAAUCUUCGUCUAUGUAUUGUAGAGGGGCGAGGGGCGUACAAGCGGGGGGCGAAGUUCUGCCCCGUUUUGGAUGCAGAAAAUUCUGGAAUGGAAUGCGUAUUGGGUACAGACAGACUCGACUGCCUCAGGCGUAUUAGCAAAGGCACAGUUGACUUCGGUGCAUUCAGUCCUGAAGAUUUGAUAGCCGCUCAGUGGGCAGAUCUCGACGUACUUGUCACCCACGAGUUGCGGCACAGACAGAGAGACUACGAACGGACAGUAGUUGCAGUAGUAAACCGGAAAAUACUACCAGACCACCCGUGGUCGUUGGACGCGGUGCUACGUAACACGACGCUGUGCCACCCAGGGAAUGGAAUUAACGAUCUUCGGCCCCUGUCUGAUACUUUGUCUGGGUAUCUGGAAUCAUUGGUCGUCACCCGUUCCUGCGACCCGCAGCUGUCACUAACUGAGAAUAGAAUCAAAGCUGUGGCCAACUUCUUCGGGAAGGCGUGUAAGGCUGGCUACUGGGUGCCUGAUUUCAUCCGAGAUGCUGAAUUAAAGGAAAAAUACCCGUCACUGUGCGCGGCGUGCGAGUCGAGCUGCAGCCUGAAGGACCGCUACUGGGGCGCGAGCGGCGCGCUCUCGUGCCUGCUGGACGGCGCGGGGGACGUCAUGUGGGGCGAGCUGGAUGACGUCAUCGCCUACUUCGGGCUGAACACGAAUUCCAGCAUGUACCCCAGUUCGGAUAACUUCGCAUAUCUCUGCCGCGACGGCACGUGGCAGCCGCUGAAGGACAACCCGAACCCAUGCGUCUGGUUGAACAGGCCCUGGCCAGUCAUUAUCGCUAAACGCAAGACGGCAGCGGCUGUGGCGGCGGCGCUGAGCACGCUGUCCAGCGGCGCGCUGUUCGACGGGCGCUGGCGCGGCGCGCUGGCGGCGCUGCUGGAGGCGCGCGAGGCGCCGGCGCCGCGCCGCCCGCCCGCCGCGCCGCUCGACCACCUCGCCGCCGCCGCCGGCUUCCGCGAGGCGUACAGCCAGAGCGGCUGCCGACCGCCCAGACACGUGACGCUGUGCACGACGUCGCUGCUGGCGCGGAACAAGUGCGAGUGGCUGAGCGAGGCGGGCGCGGUGUACGGCGCCGCGCCGGCGCUGCAGUGCGCGGCGCGGCGCGGCGCCGCCGGCUGCCUGCAAGCGCUCGCCCGCCGCGACGCCGACGUCGCCGUGCUGCCCGCCGACUACAUGCUGCGAGCUGUGCGAGAAUUCGAUCUCAGUCCAGUUUUGUAUGAAGUCACGCCAAUCGUCGAGAAAAUGAACACGGUUGUCGCUUACGUCAAAAAGAGCGCGAAUAUUAACAAGAUGGCGGAUCUGCGCGGGAGGAGGGCCGCUUUCCCGCGCUAUGACGGCUUCGCUUGGCAAUCCGUCAUGGAUUAUCUAUCAAAGAAACACAAUUGUGAUGACAUAUUGAAUAAUUAUUUUAGUGAAAUAUGCGCCCCUGGGAUAGAGAAAUACAAUUUGAGCGAAACAAUUGUAAAUAGAUUUACAAAAUCCUGUUACCAAAAUGGCGGAGAGGUAGACGAAGAAAAGGCAGCUUUGAUGUCGGUUGUUGAUGGUCACAGCGAUGUUGCCUUUAUUAGUAUGAAGACGUUCAAUUUGUUUAAAGCCGAACAAAUUUCAUCAGGAGAAAGCAUAAUUGAUGACAUCGUCCCAUUGUGCCCCGACGACAACGUCAAAUACUGUUACCUAAGUUGGGCCAACAUUGGCCAUAUUUAUGCACCAAAAAAUAUAUCAGACAUGCGUCGCCACGAAAUAAAGAAUGUUUUCACCAAAUUGGACCAGCUAUUUGGCAAACAUCAACCAUUCCACAACCCAAUGUUCAGUAUAUUCGGGCCAUUCAACCAUCAAUUGGACGUUAUAUUCCACAAUAAUACGAAAAGUUUGGCUUCAGAGGAAUUACUAGAAAUGCAUCCAUACGUCACAAUGCCGUUCAAUUUCGAACGUAGAAUUUUGAAUAACACACUUAACAACUGUCAAAUAACGGAUCAAAUGAACAGCGCGCCAAAAUUGACGUCAAGUUUAUUUUUAAUUGUGCCAACUCUAGUCGUUUUUGUUUUAGGUAAAUAA